AAGUCGUUGUUCAGCCACUUCAUAUUUGUCGUGAAUCUAAUUAUUAUAUUUCUGUAAUGGAUAAAUUAUUGUCAAGAUUCCUUUCAGCCGGCUUAAAGAUGCCUUCAACAGCGUGGAAAGAUAAAAUACAUACAAAAUGUAGAGGUCAAACAUACCCACGUUCGGAUCAAAAGCGCUGUAUAACUCCUGAUGACAAAGUCAAAUGGUCUGUACCUUGGCCAGAGUACAAUCCUACUGAAUACACCUCUCCUUCUUUACAAGGGCAACCAUGGGCUGAUUUAGAAAUAAGUGAACAAUUUGCUCCAACGUUUAACCAAAUGGAACGCAAGGAUGAUCAUGUAGUUCGCAAUAGGGUCAGUUACGUGGGAGACUAUAAGGUCAUCAAUGGAUAUCCAAUCAAUCCAGUUGGUAGAACUGGAAUAAAAGGAAGGGGUCUGUUGGGACACUGGGGCCCCAAUCAUGCUGCAGAUUUCAUUGUUACCCGAUGGUUGAGAGACCGCGUGAACGGUCAACAAAUAUUAAAUGAAGAUUCAAAAAAACCCAUUCUUCAGUUUAUCGGGAUUCAACGACGUCACGGAAAUGAGUGGGCCAUCCCAGGCGGUAUGGUGGAUGCUGGAGAAGAACCUGAUCAUGCUGCCCAGAGAGAAUUUUUGGAAGAAGCUAUGAACAGUCAAGAGCUGGAUCCUAAAAAUCUGGAAGAUUUGAUGGAUACCGUACAAGAAAUGUUUGAUAGAGGGAUUACGAUCUAUGAAGGCUAUGUGGAUGACCCGAGGAAUACAGACAAUGCUUGGAUGGAAACAACAGCCAUAAAUUGUCACUCGGAACACGGGUGCUUGGAACAUUGGCCGUUGCAAGCUGGAAGCGAUGCGAAGCAAGUGUCAUGGCUAGAGAUAACAUCAUCCUUGAACCUGUAUGCAAGCCACAUUGAUCUUAUAGAGCUUGUUGCGAAUCAUCACAAAGCGCAUUGGUGAUCUAGACCGAUGUAUAAAAACGAUCGUGAGAACCGUA